CUGCAGUUAAAUUUUAAUUCUAGUGAUCUUUCUCACAGCAAGAAGACGCAUUCAAGUUGUUUAUAAGAAGGAUAAUGUAUUGCCUUUUCGUUGCUAUUGUGGUGCUUCAGCUGAGCUGCGUUCUAAGAGCUGCUAAUAUAGGCCCAAACAGGCUAGAAGCGGAACGUUAUCGCAGAGCUCUCAGCACAGGUGAAUGUACCGCAGGAAGCACAUGUACCGGUGAUGAUUACAGUAAUCCAAACAUGCUUCCCCUAGCUGGAUCAGGCUGCAGUAAAUUUUGCCAGUGUGCCACUUCAGAUACUAGUUCCACUGGGUACAUAUGGGUGGAGCAGACGUGCUCCCCACCUUUGUUAUUUAGCACUGCCUCACAAGUAUGUGACUGGCCUGCAAAUGUCGACUGUCAAGAUUAAAAUGCCAUCGUGAACGAUUUUCGUUGGGAUAUAGAGAAGAAUGUUUAGAAGAAUGUAGCAGAAAAAGCUGGAAAUCCGGAAUUGUUUAUUUUUCUUUUUAUUACAACCUGUAUUCUGUUAAUUGUAAUCAGUGUAUAUCAGUAUUUAUAGUGUAAUCAGUGUAUCAGUUUUAUAGCAGUAUGUAAAUUUGUAAAUAGACAUUAUUCAUUUUAUAGCUUUGAUUUGAAAUAAUUUAAGAUGAACUCGGCCAAAUGAUAAGAGAACAAAAUUUUAUAACGGCUGUGCAAAGUUUCAUAUAUUUUUCAAAUUUUCUCCGCCAUUCUUUUCUCUUAAACAUUUAGGUAAGAUAUUUCAUAUGUUCUCUUAAAGGGAAUUCCUAUAGUUUUUUUAUGCGCAUCCUUCUGCGCAGCCGACACUUUCUAUGGAAAACUGAAAUGAAGUCAAAAUUUGUUGAAACAUGUGACAGACAACCUUAAAUAUGAAGAAUCUUGAAUGAAAUAACAUUUUUGAUAAGUUUUAUCAGUAAUCAAUUGUUGAUACUGGUUUAUGUUGUAUUGACAAGUAUCAUGCCUGCCAGGUAUCUUGCCAUUUUUGUGGUUGUGUUUUCACAUCGCAUUUUAGUACAAAGACAGUGUUGUUCAUAUAAUGUAAGACAAUUGACGUAGUACUGAUAAGAAAAUAUCACCUUUCAGAUUAUUUAGUAUUCAAUUAUAGAAAGAAUUGAGAAUUGUUAAAACUUUUUUUAUUUUCUAGCAGAUAUACAGGUAAUCAAUUUGGUCAGGUUCGCGCCAUUUUUCGUCCGAACAGGUGUUGUAUUCAAGCGGUCUUUACAUAAAAUUUAGCCUGGUGACCCAUACAUUUUUAGCCAUUUUUAUUCUCACAAUACAAUUAUUCAUACACAAGAAAAAUAGGAAAAAAUUCUAUGAAACAGUUUUUUCAAAAUUAAAAAAAAAAAUUCUUCACUAUGGGUAUUUUUCAUUGAAAAAAGUUUACAAAAGUGAAUAGGAAACAAGAUGUAUUUUUCAUUUGUACCCAGUAUUGUAAGGAUAUAGUAUUACAAAUAUGGCUAUGAUAUCUAAUAAGUAUAUAAUAAAAUCUGUAAAAAGAAUCAACCUUAUU